AUGGUAGUACUGUCUGGAUUCCAAGCAGUGAAAGAAGCACUCACUGACCACACUGAAGAAUUAGACAAUCGACCAGAGACUCCUUUCCUUAGGACUAUGGCAAAAGGAAAGGGUAAGUAGUGAAGAAUAAGAAUAUCUCCUGGUAUUUUCCCAAGAGAAAAUGUUUAAAGGGCUGUCCAGAGCAAAGGCUCUCUAUUAUUGUUGCACUCAAGAGGAAAUGGGUUACCUAGGAGUGAACAACUAGGGGCUGAGGUCCUUUCAGUGUCCCCCUAAAAUAUUUGAGAGGACCACCAGGCUCUCUCUAAGUUCAUGACAAUUGCCAUUCUAUUUCCCCCCGCAAAAUUUUUUAUUGGUUUUUACAAUAUCAACAACAAACAAAAACAUGAGACAAACAAAACAUAACAAACAUAAAUCAUAACCUUAUUGAAAAUAACAGUUAUUUACUUUGUAGGACGACUUCCUCGUUUCCCCUUAGUUGAAUUUCAUUGCAUACUUGCCAUUCUAGUGGUGGGUGUCAGCCGCAUAAAAAUAAUAAUAAAUUUUAUUUAUACCCCACCCUCCCCAGCCAACUCCAGAUAUAAAAUAAUUGAUUGAAAUACAACUUAAAAAACAAGAUUAAAAUACAACAUUAAAAUCCAGCCUCAUUUCAGCAGAAACUCAAAAACUAUUUUGGAGUCUGAUUGAAAAAAAAAAUCCAGACUGGUCCUAUGUGGGCCAGAAAAAAGCCAGGGAAGUCCCCAAGUAGGAGUUCCAUCACAGAAGGAGACAGGGGAAAAGAAAGAGGGGGAGGGGAUCAAGUUAUUUCCAAGCCAAAAGCCAGGCGGAACAACUCUGUCUUACUGUCCCUGCAGAAAGAAAUCAGAUCCUGCAGGGCCCUGGUCUCAUGAGACAGAGUGUUCCACCAGGCCAGAGCCAGUGUUGAAAAGGCCCUGGCUCUGGUUGAAGCCAAUCUAACUUCCUUAGGGCUCAGGACCACUAGGGUGUUGCUAUUUAUGGACCUUAAGUUUCUCCGUUGGGCAUACCGAGAGAGGUGGUCCCAUAGGUACGAGGGUCCUAGGCCGUGAAGAGCUUUAAAGGUCAAAACCAGCACUUUAAAUCUAACCCUGUACUCCAUCGGGAGCCAGUGCAGCUGGAAAAGCACUGGGUGAAUAUGCUCCCACGGCAGGGACCCCGUGAGGAGCCUCGCUGCACCAUUCUGCACCUGCUGGAGUUUCUGGGACAGCUUCAAGGGCAGCCCCACGUAGAGCCUGGAGGUGACCGUCGCAUGCAUCACUGUGGCCAGGUCGGGCCGGGAAAAGUAAGGGACUGCUUGAUGCGGUGAAGGUAGAAAAUUGUCACCUUGGCUGUUGCUGUAACCUGCACCUCCAUGGAAAGGGAGGCGUCAAGGAUUACACCCAAACUCUUAAUGGAAGGCAAUGGCACUAAUUGGUCCCCCACAAGAGAAGGCAGUUGGUCCCUCAUCCCCAUGCCAUCCUGACCCAGCCAUAGGACCUCUGUCUUCGAAGGCUUUAGUCUCAAACGGCUCCCACGAAACCAUCCAGCCACAGCUUCCAAGCAUCUGGUCAGUGUGUCUGGGGCCGAGUCGGUGUGGCCAUCCAUCAGCAGAUAGCGCUAAGUGUCAUCAGCAUAUUGGUGAUAACGCAGCCCAAAGCUCCGGACAAUCUGGGCAAGGGGGCGCAUAAAGAUGUUAAAAAGCAUCUGGGAAAGGAUUGCGCCCUGUGGCACUCCACACCAAGGAGUGGCGUGACAACAUCUCCCUCCCUGGCGCCACCCUCUGUCCCUGACCAGAGAUAAAAGAGCAGAGCUAUGCCCUGUAUCCCCACGUCAGCGACGCGGUGGUCCAGAAGAUCAUGUUCAACCUUGUUGAAGGCUGCUGACAAAUCUAAGAGAAUCAGCGGUCCUGACCCGCCUCAAUCCAGUUUUCUAUGGAGAUCAUCUGUUAGGGCAACCAGAGCCGUCUCGCUCCCGAAACCAGGACGGAUCCCGGACUGAAAUGGAUCUAAAGCCGAUGUUUCCUCCAGAAACCUACCAAGCUGUUCAGCAACUGCUCUCUCAAUUAGAUAUGAAAGAUUUGAAACUGGGCGGUAAUUUGAUAAAUCUAAAGGAUCUAGUGAAGUUUUCUUUAAGAGCGGACACACCACUGCUUCCUUCAGCUCCCCUGGGAAUGUCCCCGUGCCAAGGGACAAAUUGAUAAUUUCAACCAGGGGGAUCCGUGCAACAUCUGGGCACACCCUAAUCAGCCAAGAUGGGCACGGGUCAAGGAGGCAAGUGGUGGGCCUACCAGCUCAGAGGAAUCUAUCCACAUCAGCAGGGAGUAUCCGAUCGAAAUGAUCCAACACUGGACCCGAAGACAGUCGAGGGGCCUCCAGUUCUGUCACUGUAUCUAAAGUGGCAGGGAGGUCAUGGCGGAGCAACAGGACUUUCUCUGCAAAAAAGUUGGCGAAUGCCUCACAGCUGUGAGUCGAAUUUAUGCUUAAAUUUGGUUGUCCUCCUAAGGAUGUUAUUGACCUAAUUAUUCUAAAAAGUUUUGCCGGGCGAGAGCUAGCGGAUGCAAUGGAAGGUGCGAAGUAAGAUUUCUUAGCAGCUUUCAUAGCCAUCUCAUAGGCUUUCAUAAGCAUCCUAUAAGAUGUUCUUGAGGCUCCGUCACGGGUCCGUCGCCAUACUCGCUCUAGCCGUCUGAGGUCCCGCUUCAUUUUUCGGAGCUCCUAGGUAAACCAAGGUUUCGGCGGGGUUGCAGAGGGCGCUUAUGCGCGAUCUUAUUGAUGGCCGCCAAGAACCGGUUAUUCCAGUCCUCGACAAGGUCAUGUAAUGAGUCAUCAGGAGAAGCAGAGUCCCGCAAGGCCUGACAGAAUCUAUCAGGAUCCAUCAGCCUUCGCGGCGAGCCCAAAUAGGCUCGCCACCCGAGCAAAGGAGGAGCGGGAAGUCAAUCUUGGCUUUCAGAGUGCAGUGAUCAGAUCAUGUCACUUCCACAGGGGGGAGUAUGAUCACAUCUAUGCCAGCACCAAAGAUCAAAUCCAGCGUGUGGUCUGCUUGAUGAGUGGGGCCCAAAACAAACUGGGAGAGCCCUAGUGUUGCCAUGGAAGUCAUUAGGUCCAGAGCCUGUGAGGAGGGGGCAGCAUUGGCAUGGACGUUGAAGUCUCCCAAAAGCAAUAAGCUUGGGAACUCCAAGGUCCAGCCUGCCGCCACCUCCAGCAGGUUUGACAGGGUGGCUGCCGGUGUGCUGGGUGGUCAGUACACUAGCCAGACAGCCAAGCUCUCCUUGGUGCCCCACACGAGACCAACACAUUCAAUGCCAGAGAUUGCCAGUGCUGGCAGAGCUCUGAAAGAGCAAUCCUCAUCACUGAUUAUGUGAGGUGGGGCUCACUUGCCCCCUUCCUCAUAUUUUAUUCAAGUGGCACCCCUGAUGGAUUGCAACUAGCAAGUGCUUUGUGGAAUUAGCAAUUGUACCACACUGUGGUUCGAUUCAACUGCAGGUAGAAGUUUGUUGCCUGUUGCAAUUGUAAUGCAUUUACUAUCCUGGCCCUCAGUGCUGGAUGAAGAGCUUGAACUCAAAGUUCUUUCUGCUGAAGGUUUUGAUGCCUACAUCAGUCUGAAUCCUGGUAAGAUGAGGGCAUGGUGGUUGGAGUCUAGUCAAUUGUUCAGUUUAUUGCUAUGAAAGGGGUUCAACUCCCCCUGAGAGAACAGGUUCAUAGACUAGAGGUGCUCCUGGAUCCAUCUUAGCUGCUAGAGGCCCAGGUGACCUUAGUGCCUUCUGCCAGCUUCAGCUAGCAAGGCAGCUUUGGCUAUUAAGACAGCUAAAGUAGUUUCUGGAUCAGGAUAGCUUAACUACUGUCAUCCAUGUGCUGGUUACCUCCAGGCUGAUUAUAGCAAUGUGCUGCAUUUUGGGCUGCCCUUGAAACAGUGUCUGGCAAAAAAAAUGCAGUGGCUUGACUGCUCAUGGGGGCAGGACAUAGCCAGCAUGUUAUGCCACUGGCUGACAAUUAGCUAAGUUCAAGGUGCUGGUUGAACAAACACCCUGUACAACUUGAGAUCAAUAUAUCCCCUUCCAAUAAGCUUUUCAGUUUAGAUCUUUUUUUUAAAUUAUUUUUUAUUCAAUUUCCAUUACAAGAUUUAAACCUACAUUUUCAAUAUUAUCACAAAUACAUAAUUUUGACUUCCUUCAGCUCAUCCGUGAAUCUUCCGUUUUCUAAUCUUCUAUCCGCAAUUCUAAAUUUAACAUUGCCUUUUAUUUUAAAUAAACCUAUUCCUUUAUUCCCUUUUUUACAGUGUUUCUAAUAUUAUUUCUUCACAAAGCUUCCUGUAAACCCACAAAUGUUAUUUGCGUAUCACAAAUGCUUUUCAUAUAGUCCACAAAUUUGCUCCAGUCCUUGGUAAACUUGUGAUCUCGUCGGUUUCGGAUCCUUCCUGUUAAUUCUGCAUAGUCCAUUAAUUUCAUUCUCCAUUCUUCUAUCGAUGGUAAUUUUUCCUGAUUCCAUUUUUGGGCCAGUAGUAUUCGUGCUGCUGAUACUGCAUAUAAAAAUAAUUUAUGGUCCUUUCUAUUUAUUUCAUUUCCAACCAUUCCUAACAAAAAAGCUUCUGGUUUUUUAACACAUGUAUAUAUCAACACUUUUUUUAAUUCCUUAUAUAUCAGUUCCCAGAAGACUCUCACCUUUUUACACUCCCACCACAUAUGAUAAAAUGUUCCCUCUUUUUCUUUACAUUUCCAACACUUAUUACAUACUUUAUACAUUUUUGCUAAUUUCACUGGAGUGAUAUACCAUCUAUAAACCAUCUUCAUCAUAUUUUCUUUUAAUGCAGUACAGGCUGUGAAUUUUAUCCUUUUGUUCCACAAUUUAAUCCACUCAUCUAAUUGUAUAUUAUACCCAAAGUCUGGCCCAAUGGAUCAUAACCGAUUUUACCUCUUCGUCUUUCGUAUACCAUUCUAGCAGCAGUUUAUACAUUUUAGACAAAUUUUGUCAUUUCUAAUGGAGAUAACCAAUUGGUAUUUUUGGUUCUAAUAGGUUUUUAUACUGAUCCCAGACUUCCAAAAGAGAUCUUCAAAUGAUGUGGUUUUCAAAACCUUUAUGUACUUUUUUCUUAUCAUACCAUAAAUAAGCGUGCCAACCGAAUCUAUUAUCAAUUCCUUCCAAAUCCAACAAUUCCUUAUUCCAGUGUGGCGUAGUGGUUAUGAGUGGUGAACUUGUAAUCUGGUGAACCGGGUUCGCGUCUCCGCUUCUCCACAUGCAGCUGCUGGGUGACCUUGGGCUAGUCACACUUUUCUGAAGUCUCUCAGCCCCACUCACCUCACAGAGUGUUUUUUGUGGGGGAGGAAGGGAAAGGAGAAUGUUAGCCGCUUUGAGACUCCUUAGGGUAGUGAUAAAGCGGGAUAUCAAAUCCAAACCCCUCUUCUUCUUCUCCUCCUCCUCCAAUUUCAUCCACUCCUUCAACCAACAGAGGCAAGAUGCUUCAUAGGAUAGUUUCAGGUGCGGCAGGGCGAAGCCUCCUCUUUCUUUCGCAUCAGUUAACAAUUUAAAUUAUAUUCUUGGCUUCUUUCCCUGCCAUAUAUACCUUGAAAUUGUUUUUUGCCAUUCCUUAAAUAUCAUUGCCCCUUUGACUACCGGAAUUGUCUGAAAUAAAAAUAACAUUUUCAGCAAAACACUCAUCUUUAUCGUCGAAAUUCUUCCCCCAAAAGAUAAUUUCAUCCUUCCCCACACCUCUAGAUCUCUUUUUAUUCCAUUCCACAUUGGUAUAUAGUUAUUUUGAAAUAAAUCAAUAUUUUUGGGGGUCACCCAAAUUCCCAAGUAUUUAACUAUUCCCACCUCCUCUAUCUCUGUCUGUUGUUGCAUUCCAUUUAUCAUAUCUUGGUCCAUAUUUUUAGCAAUCAUUUUAGUUUUCUUCCUAUUCAAAAUAAAUCCUGCCAUUUGUCCAAAUUGUUCUAUUUCCUCCAGUACCUCCUUGACACUUUUUACCGGUUCUUCUACUGUUAAUACCAGAUCAUCGGUAAAGGCUUUAACCUUAUAUUAAUUUCGACCAACUGUUACCCCCUUAAUUAACUCAUUUUUCCUUACUGAACUCAGGAGUAUUUCCAGUACCAUGAUGAAAAGUAAUGGUGAAAGUGGACAUCCUUGUCUUGUGCCUUUAGCUAUUUUAAUAUUUUAUGUUAACACAUUAUUUACUAUCAAUUUUGCUGUUUGUUCUAUAUAAAUUGCUUUAAUUCCAUUGAAAAACCCUUGACCCACCUAAAUUUUCUAAAUUUUUUAACAUAAAUUCCCAAGAUAUAGUAUUGUCAGGGAACUGCCAUCAGUGCCGGAGGGAGAGAGCAAGCUCCAGAGGGAUUCCAGAGAACGUCCCGGGAUUGGGAGAGGCAGCCCAUCUUCUGGGGAAGAGAAUCAGCGUAGCACCAGUGGAGAAGGGGGGCAGAUGGGGGAAUCGGCGAGGCGGUCCCAUGACUCCUUGCAGGGGACCAGCGGGGAGAGUAAGGGUCCUCCGCUGCCUACGCCCUCCUUGCGCAGAAGGCCUCUGCGUAGGGAGAGUAGGAGGAGACUAGGCGUCAAAGAGCUUCUUUGCUGGAAGAAGUUUAAGAAACACCCACUGACGGAUUCUGCCAGCAAUUGAGACAGCCACGGGUGAGUGGCUGUCCGGACAGAAAAGGUUCACUCAGGCAACCCAGCCAGGUGUCGGCACCGGCUUACGAACGAGCAACCCCUAGAACCAUUACAGCAAUCCGUCAGUCCCUGACGUUGCUUGUGCGCAGCCCAGGAGAGGCAGCACAAUGAGCCAAACAGGGCCGGCCGGAGAGACAGAGCAAGAAGCCAUGGUGCGAGGUCUGGUCGAGAGGAACCGAGACCUGGAGGCGCAUGUAGCUACCCUGUCUGCGUGGCUGGAGGAGAGACGGGCUCAGGAUGCACAGGUCAGAGCCACCCCGAUAGGGAGGAAGGUCCCGGGGCUGGUACACAAGUUUGGUGGAAAGCCCCAAGACUACAAUGCCUUCCAAACGGAAAUUCAGUACGCUUUGGAAUUGCAGAAAAAUGACUUUGCGGAUGACGGGGAGAGGGUGGCUUACAUUGUGGGACAUCUGCAGGAUGGGGCACGCGAAUGGAUCAGGCCCCUAAUGGCGAUGCAGAAUGAUGCAUUGAAAGAUCUUAAGAAAUUCUACCAGGGAAUGGACGCGAUGUUCUCCAGCGAGGUUGAGCAAAGCGUGACACGGCGGGAGCUGAUGGAGUGCAAGCAGGGGGGGCCUGUCCGUCAGAAACUACUGGUCACAUUUCGUGAUGUUAGUCCACAAGCUCGGGUGGGAUCUGGACUCUGAACCAAUGCAAAUGUUGUUUGAAGCGGGUUUGUCCCCCGAAGUGAAAGACGAAUUGUCCCGAGCGCCCCACCCGCGGUCGAUGGAUGAACUCACAAAGACUGUGCUUGCGAUCGGUGUACGCCAGGAAGCGUGGGCUCAGGAGAAGCGGGAGAUAAGGGCAGAACGUUUCCAUGACAACCGCAUUCCGGAGAUGCCGAAGGAGCCUUCCCAGGCGGCGAAGCCGAUGGAAAUUGAUGGAGCGCGUGCGCGCGAAGUUUCAAAAGCUGGUGAAGGUCAGAAAAGGGAGGGGAAGGAGUGGAAAACUACCAAGAAGUGUUUCCUCUGUCAGCGACCGGGACAUUUUGCAAAGGUCUGCCCUCAACGAAAAGCCUGGCAAGGCAUGAUGGGGGCUGCAGGCCACGACGAGAAGGGGGAGGAAGGGCUGGCGCAGGGAAACGACAACGCCUGGCUGCCAACCAGCGGGGCCAGCAGCCAGGUCAGCAACCAAUAGAAGUGCCCCAGCCUGACCCCCCCCAAGGCAGCUAUAGCCAUAGAGGUGGUGCUAGAACUCCCAAAUGGGCACUCCGUCAAAGUGGAGGGACUGCUAGAUUCUGGCAGCUCGUGUAAUUUCUUCAGCAGAGACUUCACUCUGGAGCACUAACUCCACCUGUUGCCACUAGAUUUUCCCUUGCAGGUGACCACCAUCGAUGGCAGGGAACUCCUGGGAGGGGAAGUGACACACCAGACACCGCCAAUGCGAAUGAGGGUCUCCAGGCACACGGAAACCAUUGCCCUUCACGUGGCCACGCUGGCAGGACCCCCAAUAAUACUGGGAAUGAGCUGGCUGGCAAUACAUGACCCAGUGGUGUCAUGGCAUCAGCGGUCAGUCACCUUUGGGUCAGCUUACUGCUUAGAACACUGUCUGGGAGGGAAGGAACCAAGAAUGACUGUGGCCAGGGUGGCUGGGUUGGCCCUGGAGCAAAAAGGGGAGGUGCCACCACAAUAUGCUGAUUUGAAGGAGGUCUUCAGCAAGAUGGAGGCAGAUAGACUGCCCCCCACAGGCCCUUUGACUGCCAAAUCAACCUGCUUCCAGGGGCUCAGUUACCAGUGGUUAAGCUGUAUGCCAUGUCCGACCGGGAGAUGCAGGAGCUGCGGCAGUUUAUUGACAAGAACCUGAAAAGAGGUUUCAUAAGGGAAUCAAAGGUGGUGGGGGGCAGUCCAGUGUUCUUUGUGGACAAAAAAGAGACUAAUCAGCCCAGAUUAGUCGUGGAUUACCGGGCCCUAAACCUGGUGUCAGAACCCGUGACUUUCCCAAUGCCAAGGAUUGACGAUAUUUUGACACGGGUGAGGCAGGGGAAGAUUUUUACCAAGCUGGACCUCAGGGGAGCAUACAAUUUGAUUAGGAUAAGGGAGGGGAACGAAUGGAAAACUACCAUGUUCAUCCCCCUGGGGUUUUUUGAGUACUUAGUCAUGCCAUUUGGAUUACAAUCAGGGUCUGCCUGCUUUCAGGCCUUCAUGCACCAUGUGUUGGGGCCCCUGCUGUACAAGAAUUGCGUAGCCUUUUUGGAUGACGUCUUAAUCUAUUCGGACAAUGAAAAGCAACACGUCAGAGACGUCAGGGAGGUCCUACAGAGAUUGAAGAAGCAUCAGUUGUGGGUCAAGCUGGAAAAAUGCCAAUUCCACGCCAGGGAGGUCGAGUUCCUGGGGUACAGGUUGUCAGACAAAGGACUAGCCAUGGAUCCGGGCAAAGUGAAGGCAGUGCUGGAAUGGAAAGCCCCCCAAAACAGAAAGGAUGUGCAGAGGUUCCUAGGCUUCAGCAACUUCUACAGGAAGUUCAUAAAGAACUUCGCCCACUUGACAGCGCCCAUAACGGAUUGUCUUAGUAGCAAAAAGAAGUUUGCGUGGACAGAGGGUGCGCAGCAAUCCUUUGAAAAACUGAAGAAGGUGUUCGCCUCGGAAGAGCAGCUCCUGCACGUGGAUCCGGAGAAGCCCAUGAGACUGGAGACAGACGCUUCCGACCCUGCCAUUGGAGCAGUCCUUUUGCAGCCCGGGGCCAAGCAGAACUGGAGGCCGUGUGCCUUUUUCUCGAGGAAGCUGAGCAAAUCAGAGCAAAACUACACAGUGUAUGACCGAAAACUGCUUGCGAUCUAUGCGGCAUUUCGGCAAUGGAGACAUCUAUUGAUAGGGGCGCAGCACAAGAUCCAGGUCCAAACUGACCACAAGAACUUGGAAUACUGGCGGACCGCGAGAGUGCUCAACCAGAGACAGAUCAGAUGGUCCCAGGAGUUCGCCAAGUUUUCCUUCAAGAUCCGAUACAUGCCGGGAGAGGAAAACGUAAGGGCAGAUGCUCUCUCCCGGAAACUGGAGUACAUGGAAGGAGAGGGGCCACCAGAGACCAGGCACGUGUUCCCCGAGGACCGGUGGGUGUGUGGGGGAGCGUUGGUUGGGAAACGAGAACUGGCAGGGCUCACCAGAGACAAUGAGUUUGCUCAGACAAAAAUCGGGGAACUCAGGGACGGAAAGGAAGUCAAUGGAGGAUUUGAGGAAAAGGAAGGGCUACUGUACUAUAAGGGGGCGCUGUAUGUACCGGGGGAGACUUUGAGGGGGAAGGUACUUAGACAACUCCAUGACAACCCAACAGCUGGGCACUUUGGACAGCACAAGACCAUGCUACUUGUCACCAGGCAGUUUUGGUGGCCAAAGGUGAGGGAAGACGUAUGAGAAUAUGUACGAGGGUGUGACAGAUGCCAGAGGGCUAAGGGGGAAAGGGCUGCCCCCGCGGGGUUACUGGAACCCUUACCCACACCGGAAAAGCCCUGGGAGGUGGUGUCCAUUGAUUUUAUGACAGAUCUGCCCGAGUCAAGGGGAAAGACAGCGGUCAUGGUAGUAGUCGAUCUACUGACUAAAAUGUGCCAUUUCGUAGCUUGCUCACAUGCAGCAACGGCAGAGGAGACAGCCAGGCUGUUUGUGGAUCACAUUUUUAGACUGCAUGGGGCUCCUUCAAGAGUAAUCUCGGAUCGCGGGAAACAAUUUACUUCCCGGUUCUGGCGGAAGCUCAUGAGCUUGCUACAGGUCGGGGUGAGCUUCUCGAUGGCGAGGCACCCAGAAACCAACGGACAAGCCAAAAGAGCGAACGGUAUACUCCAGCAAUACCUACGCUGCUAUGUCAGCAAGAGACAGAACGAUUGGGUAGAGAAAUUAGCUUUGGCUGAAUUGGCGUACAAUAACGCUGAACACGUGUCCACGGGAAUGAGCCCUUUCAUGGCCAAUUACGGGUGUCACCCCAGGGCCUUCCCAGGGCGGGGGGAGGAAGGAUGGAGUGUACCUGCGGCUGAGCAAUUUGUGGAGGAAAUGGAGGCCUUACACCAGCAACUCAGGCUGAACUUGGAGCGGGCCAAGGAAGUUUACAAGAGGCAGGCGGACAGGCACCGUUGGGAGGGGGAGGCCAUACGGGUGGGAGACCGGGUGUGGUUGUCAUCCCACGGGUUGCCCCUAAAGGGAGGGUGCAAGAAGUUGCAGCCGAGGCGGCUGGGGCCUUUUGAGGUAAUACAGCAGAUUAACCCAGUGGCAUUUAAACUCAAGUUGCCUGACAGCAUGAAGAUACAUCCGGUGUUCCAUAAGUCCCUACUUUCACCUUACAGGGAGGGGCGGGAAUUCCCGGGACGGGAGGGAGGGGUGACCACCCACCCGCGGGUAGAGGAGAGGGAACACUGUAACGAAGCCAUGGAAAUACUCGAUUCAAGGUGGCGAGGUCGCCAGGUAGAGUACUUGGUAGCCUGGGAGGGGGAACCUAGGUCGGAAAACACGUGGGUCCCUGAUGAAUCAAUCACUGAUGGGUAUCUGGUGGAAGAAUUCCACAGUUUGUUCCCGGAUAAGCCCAAACCAUUAUCUAGAUUCUGGGAGGAAGAAUUUGGACCCACAGACGACGAAGGGGACUUUGUGGGUUUUCCUGCCUCCGAAGAGGAGGGAGAGGAGGUGUCCGAGGGAGAAGAAUCAGACUGGGAGGUUCAACCAGCGGGAAGAGAUCCGAGCAGAUGAGAGGCUGGUUUUGAAUCCUCAGAAGAUGAACACAGCUCCUUCAGGGGAUUCCCCGCAUCGUCGGCCGAGGAGAGAGAGGAGGUUGUAUCGGAAAAUCGCGCCGGGGUGGGUGGGGUCCUGAGGAGGAGGUGGAUGUCAGGGAACUGCUAUCGGUGCUGGAGGGAGAGAGCAAGCUCCAGAGGGAUUCCAGAGAGCGUCCCGGGAUUGGGAGAGGCAGCCCAUCUUCUGGGGAAGAGAAUCAGCGUAGCACCAGUGGAGAAGGGGGGGCAGAUGGGGGAAUCGGCGAGGCGGUCCCAUGACUCCUUGCCGGGGACCAGCGGGGAGAGUGAGGGUCCUCCGCUGCCUACGCCCUCCUUGCGCAGAAGGCUUCCGCGCAGGGAGAAUAGGAGGAGACUAGGCGUCAAAGAGCUUCUUUGCUGGAAGAAGUUUAAGAAACGCCCACUGACGGAUUCUGCCAGUGAUUGAGACAGCCACGAGUGAGUGGCUGUCUGGACAGAAAAGGUUCACUCAGGCAACCCAGCCAGGUGUUGGCACCGGCUUACGCACGAGCAACUCCUAGGACCCUUACAAUUAUCAAAGGCCUUUUCUGCAUCCACAAAUAUUAGCAUAGCUUGUUUAUCAUUCCUGGCAUUCAGAUAUUUUCAGUUUAGAUCUUUCUUAGUUUUGCUUCUUUUCAGCCCUCGGUUCCUCUGCGAGGAUGAGUGGAAUAUAAAUGUAAUAAUAAAUACAGUCAAACCUCAGAUCUCGAAUGCCUCCAUUUUGGAAUGUUUUGGCUCCCAAAUGCUAAAAAACCCAGAAGUAAAUUCUCUGUUUUUUUUUAAUGUUUUCUGGAAGCGAACAUCCAAUGCAGCCGCCAAUUUAGUGCAGGAAGCACCUGCAACCAAUCGGGAGCCGUGCCUCAGUUGAAUAGAUUAUGUUCGACAACCAAGAUUUGAAAUAAUAAUAAUAAUACCAUCCUCCUUCAUGGAUCACUGCCUUGCCGUGGGGAAGGGGUUUGAAGUGGAGAGGGAGACCUCUGUAAGGCUUCCUUUGAUCUCUAGAGUGAACUGUAAUUCUUGUGUCAAUUAAUUGUUAUUGAUUUUCCAGAAAUUUUAAGAAAUUGACAGCAAAUUAAUUCAAAUUUACAACAAAUGUAAAAGUUGAUUAUCUUCCACUCCCCGUUCAAGACGUUAGCAGCAAAGGAAUGAGAGAAAAGAAACUAUAAUAUACUUUCCCCUCAUUUCUGCUACUUUUCCAUCCUUUCCUCAAUUUCCACUGGCUGUGCAUAUUUAUAUUCCUGCUUAGAUUUUCAUAUAACUAUAACAUUUCUUCCCCUUCAUGGAUCACUGCCUUGCCAUGGCGAAGGGGCUUGAAGAACUCAGAGAAGCUAUGAACUAUGCCGAGCAGGGCACCCAAGAUGGACAGGUCAUAGUGGAGAGUUUUGACCAAACGUGAUCCACCUGGAGCAGGAACCAGCAAGCCACUCCAGUACACCGCCAAGAAAACUCCAUGGACAAAGACAACAGGCACAUAAAAGUUAUGACACUGGGAGAUGAGCCCCUCAGGUCGGAAGGCGUCCAACAUGCUACUGAAGAAGAGCGGAGGACAAGUACAAACCAAAAGGUCGCUCAGUUGCGGAUAUGCCUGGAAGCGAAAGGAAAGUCCAAUGCUGUAAAGAAAAAUAUUGCAUAGGAACCUGGAAUGUAAGAACCAUGAACCCGGGUAAGUUGGAUGUGGUCAAAAAUGAGAUGGCAAGAAUAAAUAUUGACACCCUGAGCAUCAGUGAACUAAAAUGGACGGGAAUCGGCGAAUUCAGUUUGGAUGACUAUCAUAUCUACUAUUGUGGGCAAGAAUCCCGUAAAAGAAAUGGAGUGGACCUCAUAGUCAACAAAAGAGUGGUGAAAGCUGUACUGGGAUACAAUCUCAAAAAUGAUAGAAUGAUCUCGAUACGAAUCCAAGGCAGACCUUUUAACAUCACAGUGAUCCAAGUUUAUGCACCAACUACUGGUGCUGAAGAAACUAAAAUUGACCAAUUCUAUGAAGACUUACAACACCUUCUAGAAAUGACACAAAAGAAGGAUGCUCUUCUCAUUAUAGGGGAUUGGAAUGCUAAAGUAGGGCGUCAAGAGAUAAAAGGAACAACUGGCAAGUUUGGCCUUGGAGAUCAAAACAAAGCAGGGCAAAGGUUAAUAGAGUUCUGUCAAGAGAACAAGCUGGUCAUCACAAACAUGCUUUUCCAACUACACAAAAGAAGACUCUACACAUGGACAUCACCAGAUGGGCAGCAUCGAAAUCAGAUUGAUUAUAUUCUCGGCAGCCAAAGAUGGGGAAGCUCUAUACAGUCAGCAAAAACAAGACCCGGAGCUGACUGUGGCUCAGAUCAUCAGCUUCUUAUAGCAAAAUUCAAGCUUAAACUGAAGAAAGUAGGAAAAACCACUGGGCCGGUAAGAUACAAUCUAAAUCAAAUCCCUUAUGAAUAUACAGCGGAAGUGAGGAACAGGUUUAAGGACUUAGAUUUGGUGGACAGAGUGCCUGAAGAACUAUGGAUGGAGGCUCGCAACAUUAUACAGGAGGCAGCAACGAAAACCAUCCCAAUGAAAAGGAAAUGCAAGAAAGCAAAGUGGCUGUCCAACGAGGCCUUACAAAUAGCGGGGGAGAGAAGGCAAGCAAAAUGCAAGAGAGAUAGUGAAAGAAACAGGAAAUUGAAUGCAGAUUUCAAAAAAAAACAGCAGGGAGAGACAAGAAGGACUUCUUAAACGAGCAAUGCAAAGAAAUAGAGGAAAACAACAGUAAGGGAAGAACCAGAGAUCUGUUCAAGAAAACUGGAGAUAUGAAAGGAACAUUUCGUACAAAGAUUACCAUAAUAAAAGACAAAAGUGGAAAGGACCUAAUAGAAGCAGAAGACAUCAAGAAGAGGUGGCAAGAAUACACAGAGGAAUUAUACCAGAAAGAUAUGGAUGGCUCAUAGUGUGGUUGCUGACCUUGAGCCAGACAUCCUGGAGAGUGAAGUCAAAUGUGCCUUAGAAAGCACUGCUAAUAACAAGGCCAGUGGAAGUGAUGGUAUCCCACCUGAACUAUUCAAAAUUUUAAAAUAUGAUGCUGUUAAGGUGCUACACUCAAUACGCCAACAAGUUUGGAAAACUCAGCAGUGGCCAGAAGAUUGGAGAAGAUCAGUCUACAUCCCAAUCCCAAAGAAAAGCAGUGCCAAAGAAUGCUCCAACUACUGCACAAUUGCACUCAUUUCACACGCUAGCAAGGUUAUGCUUAAAAUUCUACAAGGAAGGCUCAAGCAGUAUGUGGACCGAGAACUCCCAGAAGUGCAAGCUGGAUUUAGAAGAGGCAGAGGAACCAGAGACCAAAUUGCAAACAUGCGCUGGAUUAUGGAGAACGCUAGAGAGUUCCAGAAAGACAUCUACUUCUGCUUCAUUGACUAUGCAAAAGCCUUUGACUGUGUCGACCACAGCAAACUAUGGCAAGUUCUUAUAGAAAUGGGAGUGCCUGAUCACCUCAUCUGUCUCCUGAGAAAUCUCUAUGUGGGACAAAAAGCUACAGUUAGAACUGGAUAUGGAACAACUGAUUGGUUCAAAAUUGGGAAAGGAGUACAACAAGGCUGCAUAUUGUCUCCCUGCUUAACUUAUAUGCAGAAUUCAUCAUGCAAAAGGCUGGGCUGGAUGAAUCCCAAGCCAGAAUUAAGAUUGCCGGAAGGAAUAUCAACAACCUCAGAUAGGCAGAUGACACAAUAUUGAUGGCAGAAAGUGAGGAGGAAUUAAAGAACCUUUUAAUGAGGGUGAAAGAGGAGAGCGCAAAAUAUGGUCUGAAGCUCAACAUCAAAAAAACGAAGAUCAUGGCCACUGGGCCCAUCACCUCCUGGCAAAUAGAAGGGGAAGAAAUGGAGGCAGUGAGAGAUUUUACUUUCUUGGGCUCCAUGAUCACUUCAGAUGGUGACAGCAACCACGGAAUUAAAAGACUCCUGCUUCUUGGGAGAAAAGCAAUGACAAACCUAGACAGCAUCUUAAAAAGCAGAGACAUCACCUUGCCAAGAAAGGUCCGUACAGUAAAAGCUAUGGUUUUCCCAGUAGUGAUGUAUGGAAGUGAGAGCUAGACCAUAAAGAAGGCUGGUCACAGAAGAAUUGAUGCUUUUAAAUUAUGGUGCUGGAGGAGACUCUUGAGAGUCCCAUGGACUGCAAGAAGAUCAAACCUAUCCAUUCUGAAGGAAAUCAGCCCUGAGUGCUCACUGGAAGGACAGAUCGUGAAGCUGAGGCUCCAAUACUUUGGCCACCUCAUGAGAAGAGAAGACUCCCUGGAAAAGACCCUGAUGUUGGGAAAUUUGGAGGGCACAAGGAGAAGGGGACGACAGAGGACGAGAUGGUUGGAUAGUGUUCUUGAAGCUACCAGCAUGAGUUUGACCAAACUGUGGGAGGCAGUGGAAGACAGGAGUGCCUGGCGUGCUCCGGUCCAUGGGAUCACGAAGAGUCGGACACGACUAAAUGACUAAACAACAACAACAAAACUGUCCGAGACUGCUUCUUGUGUGGGAGAGCCUACCAACCUGACAGCUUGUCAAAUCUCUCUUCUCUCACACACCGAGGGACAAUAGAGAGCAGAAUGCAAGGGCAAGUACCUGAGGGUGUGGACACAAUGGGGGCUGGAGCAGCGGGAGUGGGGGCAGGAGAGCCCAGGGGUGCCAUAAAUGAACUGCAGCAGUACAGCUGACAGCUGAAAUCACAGCUAGAUACCCUCACCGGGCCCUCGGCGAAGAAAGACUGCAUUUAGAGGCAGAAAGGACUCUCAGAGCCUGUAAAAUGCCUGUUUCCAACCCCUCUAAAUACGCAGGUUACCUGGCGGACUAUCUUGCCUUUAAAACGAAGCUCUCUAUUUUCUGGACGUGAGAGCAGUGGAUUUUAAGUCUGAUAAGGAGAGAGUGUUAGGAUAUUUCCGUUCCACCUUAAAAAGGGAGCAGGUUGUUGUGUCACAGCCUGCGUAUUUCCUGUUCACAGGAUGUUUUCUGUUUCGUUCUCUCUCUCUGUGCCUGAGACAUCGAAGCAGGCAGUCAUGUUUUUUCUUUGUUCUGACCAACGCUGAAUAAAGUUGUAAAUAAUGCUCUCCUGAGUGCAUCUUUCGUUGUGCGAACUCUGCUGAAAGAGCAUGCAACAGCCUUGGAAUGUGGCAUGUUAUUUCUGAGGCUCGUGUCGCUACUUGACUGAUACUGUAUCUACGGGAGAUCAAUGGAUCGUCCGGAGACGGCGUGGGGGCAUGAUGGCCUUUGUCUCCCUUAAUAUUAAUACUAAAGUUGUUCUAAUAUUUGUAGAUGCAGAGAAAGCGUUUGAUAACAUUUCUUGGAGCUUUAUGAAGAAAAAUCUGCAGGGGAUGGGGGUAGGCCAAAGUUUCGAAAAUGGUAUAAGUGCAAUUUAUUCGGAACAAAAAGCUAAGCUUAUUGUGAAUAAUGUAGUUACAGAAGAAUUUAAGAUAGAGAAAGGAACAAGACAGGGUUGCCCAAUCUCCCCAUUGCUUUUUAUAUCGGUCCUCGAGGUUUUGCUCAAUAUGAUUAGAAAAGACCAAUUGGUUAAAGGUAUACAACUCGGAGCUAAACAGUACAAAUUGAAAGCUUUCGCGGAUGAUUUAGUUUUGACAGUACAGGAGCCAGAAGCUAGUACAAAAAGAGUGUUACAAUUAAUACAAGAAUUUGGUCAAGUAGCAGGUUUUAAAUUAAAUAAGAUGAAAACCAAGGUAUUAGAGAAAAAUCUUACAGAGAUAGAGAAGGAGAGGUUUCAGAAAGAGACAGGAUUAACAAUUGUUAAUAAAGUGAAAUAUCUAGGGGUGAAUAUGACUGCCAAAAAUGUGAAUCUGUUUAAAGAUAAUUAUGAAAAAUGUUGGUCAGAGGUGAAGAAGGAUUUAGAAAUAUGGUCAAAAUUGAAGUUAUCAUUGUUGGGCCGAAUUGCAGCGAUAAAGAUGAAUGUAUUGCCUAGAAUGUUGUUUUUGUUUCAAACACUACAAAUUGUGGAUAAAAUGGACUGCUUCAAGAGGUGGCAAAGAGAUAUUUCCAAAUUUAUCUGGCAGGGCAAAAAGCCCAGAAUAAAAUUUAAGAUACUAACAGAUGCAAAGGAAAGAGGGGGUUUGCCCUGCCAGAUCUUAAACUUUACUAUGAAUCAGCCGCUUUUUGUUGGCUGAAAGAUUGGCUACUUCUUGAAAAUGUGGACAUUUUAGAUUUAGAAGGUUUCGAUAAUGUGUUUGGGUGGCAUGCAUAUUUAUGGUACGACAAAGUCAAAGCGCAUAAGGCCUUCAAGAAUCAUAUUGUCAGGAAAGCAUUAUUCAAUGUUUGGGUGAGAUAUAAGGAUUUGUUGGAAAGUAAAACACCAAGGUGGCUGUCACCAAUGGAGGCUAAGGCUUUGAAAAAAACAAAUAUGGAGACAAACUGGCCAAAAUAUUGCGAAAUUUUAGAACAAGUCGGAGAUAAACUAAAAUUGCAGAGCUUUGACAAAUUAAAAACUAAAGUCCGAGAUUGGCUGCAUUAUUAUCAAAUAAGGGAGGUUUUUAACUUAGACAAAAAGAUAGGUUUCCAGGAGGAAAAAUCUAAACUGGAAACGGAAUUGUUAGAACCUAAAACCAAAAAUCUGUCAAGAAUGUAUAAUCUGCUGUUGAAAUGGAAUACACAGGAUGAAAUGGUUAAAUCUGCUAUGAUCAAAUGGGCGCAAGAUGUGGGGCAUAAUAUUAUGUUUGCUGACUGGGAACGGUUAUGGACCACAGGUAUGAAAUUUACGGCCUGUAACGCCUUAAGAGAAAAUAUAAUGAAAAUGAUAUACAGGUGGUACUUAACCCCAGUCAAGCUAGCAAAAAUUUAUCAUUUGCCUGAUAAUAAAUGUUGGAAAUGUAAAGAAAAUGAAGGUACUUUCUUUCACCUUUGGUGGACGUGCCCAAAGAUCAAGGCCUUCUGGGAAAUGAUAUAUAAUGAACUAAAAAAGGUAUUGAAACAUACUUUCUUGAAGAAACCAGAGGCUUUCCUCUUGGGCAUGGUCGGCCAAUUGGUGCGAAGGGAAGAUAGGAAUUUCUUUAUGUAUGCGACAGCAGCAGCAAGAAUACUCAUUGGGAAAUACUGGAAGACACAAGAAUUGCCCACCCGAGAAGAAUGGCAGAGAAAAGUGAUAGACUAUAUGGAACUGGCUGAAAUGACCGGCAGAAUUCGAGAUCAAGAAGAAGGGUCGAUGGAAGAAGAUUGGAAAAAUUUAAAACAUAUCUUCAGAAAUACUGUAAUAUAAAAGAAUGUUAGAAAAGGUUGGAGAAGAAUGUUAGAUCGUAUUGGCAGACAGAGUAUAAUGGAAUAAGUAAAUAUGAAGUGUAAAAUAAAAGAUAGAGGAGAAUUAAAUAUUUUUGAAUGUUAAAAUAAGUAAAUGAAAAGAAGGUUAGAAGGGUUUGCUGGAGAUACGAUUCAAAUUAGAAUACAAAGCAGAGAAGUGAGAGGAAGUCACGGAAAUAAGUAAAUGGGAAAACGGUUCUAAUGGUUUAAUUUGAUUUUUGUUAUUUUUGUAUUGUGAUUUUUGUCUUUUGUAUUUUUUUUCUGUAUCGUGUGUUGUUCUUUUUCUGUAGGAUGUAUGUGAUUUGUUUUUCUUUUUUUGCUUUUUUCUUUCUAUGUAAUCUUAAAAUUGGAAUAAAUAUUCUUUAAAAAAAAAUGAUGGCCUUUGUCUCCCUGGCAGUAUCCCAACAGAGAGUGCCAUAUUUAAUUGGCAUGAUAGAAGGCAAUGCUAAAGGAUGGACAAUUCCUCUAAUGGCAGCCAAGCACCGCACCCUCUCAAACCUGGGGGAGUUUUUGGAAACUAUGGAUGGAAUCUUUAAUGAUCCGCUGCAGAAUGCUACCUCUGCACAACAACCGUUAAACCUUCACCAGGGGAGUGAUUCUGUCUCCACGUUAUGGACUGCAUUCAACUUGUUAGUUCAAAAGCUUGGGUGGCAAGCAAACAGUCAGCUUUUGGCAGCCAUGUUCUGGGUGGGGUGGAACGAAUUGAUAUUAGAUGAACUGGCGAGAAUGCUGCCCAUGGACUCUUUGGAUGAUGUGGUCCGAGCUUCACUGAAGCUUGGACUGAGGCAGUAGCAGUGGAAGUUGGAGAAGAGGGGGCAAGUACGACCCAUGUUUGUGAAAAGCCACAUUCCUAACAUGCCUGAGCAGAGAGUUGGCAGCAUGCCCAGAUAGGGAGACUUUCCAGAGCAGAUGCAACUGGGCUCAGCAGGGAGGGGGAACCCUGGAACAGCUUGGCUGGAGGGGGGCCAACGUCACAAACGUUGCUUUGCAUGUGGGCAAACUGGACAUUUGGCAAGACAGUGUCCAAGCAAGAAGACUGGGGGUUUUCUGUCUGGGGCUUGUGUAGAGGGACGUCCAAAAUCUAAGGAAGCACUGGUGGGAAACGGGAAGCCCCAGUCCAUGAAGGAGGCCGGCAGCUGGGAAGGAAGUCAGUAAAGAGCCCUCAGAUUGAAACAGCGGUUCCUGGGAUCGUGGUGCCAGUGACACUACAACUCCCAGACAGCUGCAGGGUGCAGGUCUAGGGACUCAUAGACUCAGGGGCUUCCGUGGACUUUUUAGACUCAGACUUUGUGGAGCAGCAGAAGCUGGGCACACAGCGACAAGAAGCCCCAUUGGAAGUGCAACUAAUUGAUGGCAGGCCAUUGGUGGGGAGGCAAGUUGCCUAUGCCACAUGGCCCAUGGGGGUGGAGUUGUCAGGCCACAAGGAGACAAUGAUGUUUCACAUCACCACGUUAGCUCACAAAGCAUGAUCCAGUAAUAGCAUGGGGGCAGCGUUCUUUAACGUUUGAUUCAGCUUACUGCCAAGCACACUGCUUAGGGUUCGAAGCGCCAAUAGAGGUAGGAGCCAAGGGGCAGAGGUAGGGGGGGAAACUCAUGGGGGAGGAGAGCUCCAUACCCCCACAGUAUAAGGCCUAUAGGGAUGUGUUCUGUGAAAAAGGAGGCAGAUAAGUUACCCACCCCACAGACCUCAUGACUGCAAAAUAAACUUGGUGCCUGGUGCCAAGAUACCCACCUAUACCCAUCUAUAUUCCAUGCCGGAAGCAGAAUUAGCCAAUUUGCGGGAGUUUCUGAAGAAGAACUUGGAACGUGAGUUUAUUAGGCUGUCAUGAGCACCUGGUGGGUCACCAGUGUUCUUUGUGAACAAGAAAGACACCCCAGAAAGAUGUCUCGUGGUGAUCUACAGAAAAACCAAGAGCCUCAUGAUUCCUAGUCAAUACCCCUUGCCACAUAUUGGUGACCUGCUGGAGAAGUUAAGGUCGGUGAAAUUUUUUCCAAGCUGGACCUGAGGGGGGCAUACAAUUUGAUACAUGUGAGACAAGGAGACAAGUGGAAAAUGGCUUAUAAUACCAGAUUUGGAAGCUUUGAAUACUUAGGUAUGCCUUUGGGGCUACAAUUGGGCACGGCCACAUUCCAGGUGUUCAUCAAUCAUGUACUGGCAGAUUUAUUGGACAAUACAGUUUUGUGUUACCUAGAUGACGUGCUGAUCUACUCUGAGAACCCAGAAGAGCACAUGUGACACGUGACGGAGGUGCUGCAUAGACUAAGGACACACCACCUCUAUGCGAAAUUGGAAAAGUGCCAGUUUCAUGUCAAGGGGGUGGAAUUUGGGGUUAUCACGUCUGUCCUGAAGGGGUGUACAUGGACCUAGCCAAGGUGCAGGCAGUGUUAGAUUGGCAGAAGCCAAAGACUAAGAAAGACUUACAGAGAUUCUUAGGCUUUGCUAAUUAUUACCACAAGUUCGUGCCCAAUUAUUCUUGGCUCAUGGCUUUCCUUACAGACUGCUUGAGAGCAAGAAGCCGUUGUUCUGGACAGAGGAGGCACAAGAUGCAUUUGAGAAGCAGCGGAGGAGUACCUGCACCACACAGAUCCACAUCGGCCAAUGGUGGUGGAGAGGGGUGCGUCAGAAAGUGCCAUAGGAGCUGUGUUGCUACAAGAAGACCGUAACGGAGAUUUGAGGCUGUGUGCCUUCUACUCCCAAAAGUUGAACGCUUCAGAACGGAAUUACACCAUUUGGGAGAGAGAAUUGCUCACCAUAAAAGAAAUGCUGGGGGUGUGGAGACAUUUCCUCAAAGGAGCACAACACCAAGUGGAGGUACACGGACCACAAGAACUUAGAACACUGGCAAAUGGCGAGGCAUCUGAACCAGAGGCAAAUUAGAUUGGCACAGUUUUUUUGCUCUUUUCGACUUCCGAAUCUGAUACAUGCCGGGGCACCAGAACCAGAGGGUGGAUGUCCUGUCCCGGAAGCUGGAGUAUCUGGAGGGAGAGUCAGCCACCGGGCUGAGGCAUAUUCUGAAACCAGAACAGUUACAGCUGGUGGCAGCUCCCAUAGUUGAAACUGCAGACUUCAAGAGACAGAUGGAAGUGGAUUGGGACUUCCGGGGUGGCGUCAUCGGCAAUGGCAGACUCCCUCCGAACUGGAGGGACCAGCUCCGCAUGAAACGGAUCUCUUCCGCUGCGGCAAAGCGGGGACCCUUCUGGAAAUCACAGGCGGAUGAAGCCUGUGACCGUGGGACUCGGCGGGCACCCUUAGCGCCCCCCCCAACCCACAAAGGAACCCACAAACGGGCUCCAAAGCGAAGAGGGGGAAGUGGCGCGGUGCUGUGAGUCAAUCGCUUUUCCUGCGGAGCGAAGCCUCAUAGCCGUUGCCGGAGAGCGCUGCCUUUUUCCUGGACAAUUUGGCAUCUAAAAUAACCAACCGUGAGUACUGGAACAUUGAAUAUCUGGACUUUAAAUAAGAACUGGAGAAAUAGAAAGGAAUUUGGACUUAAAAAUUUACCCUAAUUUGGUACUGAAACGGAAAGGUUUAAACAGGAAGUCAGCCUUCCGUUUCCCUGUAGCCAGAACAAAGCAAAGACAACGCAAACUAGAGCUUUAAAAAUCACUCUUAAAGGAUUGACUUUCAUCAUUUAAAAUCGCUGAAUCCCCCUUCGGUAGCAGGAGAAGAAGGGGAGCUUUUUCGAGCUGUUUAAACCUGCAGAAGUGAAUCUAAAGCAAAGUAAUUUUCCACCGUCCUGAUCCUGGAGCGGGGUGUCAGAAUUGACGUUUGAAGCUCACUGACCAGAAACAAAUGUCUUUGACAGAUAGUUAAAAGAAGAGAAACAUAGUGACUCCAUUGCUCCCUUUCGCAUCUUAAAAGAACAAAUAUGGACAAAAUAUAUUAAAAAAGAAACUUUGUUGCUAUUGUUUUUAAGAGAAAGAACAAUCAGAACUUUUUCACCCUAGAGGGGAACUGUGAAAUUGUAACUAAUCCCUGGGAGCUUGCAGCUGUCACUGAUUACAACCGUGGGAAAGGGUUUGUGACCUUGCAGGACAAUGUCUGCAGAAGCACUGUUGGGUGCUUUCUGCAAAAUAAAUGCCCUAUUGGAUCAGUUAAGCCAGAAGACGGAUUUGAUGACGAAUGCGGCCAGAACCUUUGAACAGGUAGUGGGAAACUAUAUGGAGCCCACCCAGGAACUAAAACAGGAGCAUGCCAUGACAGAACAGCUGAGAGAUGAGGAUUCUGCUGAAUCUUGGGCGCCAGAGACGGAAGGAGCUGCGGCCCAGCAGGAAUAUAAAUUUUUGGAUUUGACAAAUGAACUUGGAAAAGACCAGACUUGGAAAGAAAAAAUUUGGUUUGGUUUGGAAAUGGGGGGGUGGAUAGACCCCCCCUAUACAGGGAGAUUUGGACUUUUCGAGUCUGGAAAGGGGCCGUCAGAUGUCUGGAGCAGUGGGGGCUUUCAACUUUGAAGGAAAUCUGGAACAUGUUUUUAAAUACUACAUUGAGUCUAGUCUGGACUAUGGAAAAGGGACUGUUUUGUUGAAAAGGGUCAAAAACAUUACCAAGCUGGAGUUCCCACGAAUAAAAGGAAAAUAUGAAGAAGAGCGGUGGAAGGGACAUGGAAGAGACUUGAGGGCCUCAGAUAUAAGAUUGCCAGGUUAAUGUGCUAGAUUAAUAGGACAAAAAGGACUGACAAAACCCGGGACCAGGAGGAAGGGAGGCUGGAGGAAGUUUGGAUUGCUUAAGUUUCUAUUUCUAUCAUUAGGACUGUUUUACAAAAUUGAUGAAUGUUAGGAAAAUGUUGAAAUGAAAUUAUUUGGCUCUUAUAAAAAUGUUUAAAGAAUUAGGUAAGAAUGUUAUGGUUAGGAGAAGUUGGUAAAAAUUAAGAUUUAAGUUUUAAACUUUUUUUAUAUAUAAGAUAAGAUGAAAAUAGACUAAGGUAAUGUAAGGACAUAAUAUUAUGAAUUAUGGAAAGGAUUUGCUGUGACUAUUAUAAAUCAGGAUACAGGAAAAGGGAGGAGGAGGAGGUCAAGGAAAGAAGGUAUUGAAAGUGGAGAAUUGGAGAAUGAUGGUUUUACUUUUCUUUUUCUUUUUUUGUCUUGUUUCUUUUUUUUGUGUGAUUUUAAAAAAAUUUCUCAAUAAAUAUCAUUUAAAAAAAAAAAAAGGAAGUGGAUCGAAUAGUACUCUUCCAAUCCUGUAUGAUGACUUUAUCUCCCCCCAAAAAAUUCCAACCAUUCCUCCAUGUUUAAAAACAAUAAAUCCUUCAUUUUUAUUUUAACAGGAAACUCUCCUCUGUAGUCUUUUAUUUUAAAAUAAUCCAUAGUUAUUUACUUGUAUAUUCAUUAUUUUACACCCAGUUGUAUAUCUUGCGAUCACAUUUCCUGUAUGGAAAUUUAGCAAGAGAAAAGGAAAAGAACUUCCAUUUCUACCACUUCCAUUCUUUUCCCAAUAGCAUCACUAGAAGCUUGAUAGAGUUUCCCUCUAAAUUCCCUCCAAUUUGUACCCAGAAUCCUUUCUGCAUCAUCUUGUAAUGCUUUGCUUUAGAGAGACUAAGCGGCUCUUACAUGCAAGGGUAUGAACUUCAGUAAACAUUGUUCUGAGAUGGCAACUUUUUACAUUGAUUUCUGCAAGUAAUAAUUUCUCAUUGAUUUUCCAUAGGUAUUGUAUUAUCAAAUGGUCACACCUGGAGGCAACAGAGACAGUUUGGUGUAGUUACUAUGCGGAAGUUGGGGUUGGGGAAGAAAGGCAUGGAGCACCAAGUAGCAGAGGAGGCUCAUCAGCUCGUAGAGGUUUUUGCACGUUCAAAGGGUAUGUGAUGCUAGGUGAUGGUGCUGAGCUGGCGUAUGAAGAUUUAUUUGUGUACUACCUCUGUCCAUUUUAGAAAGGAAUGUGAUAUGUUUUUCUUGGUUCCUAAAGGAGAUCCCAGCAGUUUCUCUUGGCCACCAUAAAAUCCUACUCUCAGUAUGAACAGGAGCAGCUGAACUAGAAUCAUAGAAUCAUAGAAUCAUAGAGUUGGAAGAGACCACAAGGGCCAUCGAGUCCAACCCCCUGCCAAGCAGGAAAACCCCCUGCCACUAACAUUAUUUUGCAGGACAGCCACUUGAUCCCUCCAUGCCCAUCACUAAUUCAGUCUCCAACGUGAUAUGUGCUGUGGCUUUUGGGCACCGGUUUGCUCUUGAAGAUGAACAGUUCCAGAAGCUGAUAGAAGCCAUUGAUUUUAUCCUACAAUUUGUAUGCAGCUUUGUUCAUGGUGUGAGUAGUCAUUUUCAUUUCUACUAUGCCAAAGAGGUCUCCCUAAAUACCACAAAUCAGUAUUUUGAAAUUGAUCUGAGAUAAGGGCCACUUACUGUCUCACAACCUGAUCAAUUUCUCAUGAUUACCAUUGAGAUUUUUUAAAAAAAGGAGUAGGAAGAAUUUGUCCACUACAGAAGACUCUUUGGAGGAAAGAUGGGAUAAAAAUGGAACAAUGGCCUUCAGAACAGGUCAUCGAGAGCCCACCAAGGGGAAGAGAGGGGAACCAAAUAAUCUUCUCAAGAAGCGAAUUACUUAGUUUUGUUGCCAUCAUGGAAAACUAAAUGUAUCUACUCUCUAGCCACUUAGCAAUGACAAUGAUGAUGGCGUCCAUGGUGAGGCCCCUGCAGCCAGCCUUGGCUGGAGGUUUUUAAACGUAAGAGAGACCUGCAACUCAAGCACUGUCCCUACUGCUAAGGAAAGCAGCUCCCUUCUGUAUGACCCAACUAAACCCUUUUUGCCAAACUUAAGUUCAAGUCUCCACAUUUCUACAUACAUUCCUGAUCUUUAAAAAAAAAGGACUCAUGAAACUUCAUCAGCAUUUUUCUGCUAAUUUAUCCUAAUGCACACAUUUGUUUGCAAUUUUGCCCAAUAUACACAUUUCUGCAAAGCAGUAUAUUGUAGGAUUGCAUGUUAUUUUCAAUAUUAUAUGCAUUUUAAGGCACACAAAACCAUAUCAUUGCAUUUCCAUUUCUGUAAGCAUCACUUGACUGGGAAACUACAGGCAAAUUUAUAUCAGCAUUCAAGGCGCAUUUUGCAAAAAGGAAUUUUAUUACUGUGAGCAGUUUCUGAGCUCUGGGCACAGUAUUAAGCCUAAAUUUUCAGAUUAAAACUGCAGAAUGGAAGGAAAGGAGGACCUUUUUCUGCCUCCUCACUUCCAGCUUUAAUAUCUCAGUUUUUAACAUUGCUUUAUAUUAGUCCAAUUUUUAUUUUCUAGCUCCUUAUGUAUUCAGAAAAUGUAAGUAAUUGGUCUUUAAUGAGAAAACAAGGAACGAGAAAAAACAUCCUUCUUCAAGGUUUAGUUUUUUGUAAUGAAAGAUCAGAAUUACUUGACUGGCAAACUGGAAGAUUUAAUAAAUACAACGAAAAAUUAAAAAAUGGAGAAGUGUACAUUUUGAACGAUGGCUGUCUUUCCAUUUGUGUAUUAGGCAAAUUUGCUUUUAAAUGUGAACUUACUUGAAUUCCCCCCACACCCUGUUCUCCACCCACACUCACCUACCAUAAAAGGCCACUAACUUGUUCCAGGAGGGGUCCUCUGAUUGUGCCCAGUUUUGGAAUGUUGCCUGGGAGCUGGGAAAAUAUUGUGAGCCAUAGUUUUCUUUCACGUUUUCAGCUAGGGAUAAUUCACAGAAUCCAUUCAUUGUGAGAUUCCAGAAAAGUGAUAGACACCUUCCUUCUUCUUAGUGAGAAACUAAUAUGCUAGCCUUGAAGAAUAAUGCAGAUCAUGUUUUUUAAAGUGCUAAUCCAAAGCACAAACGGUGUGGCCAAGCUUCCUCAUGGUAAUGGCAGCAUUUCUGCUAUCUUUCCUUUAGCUUUGUGAAAUUCUCCCAUGGCUCAUGAAACAUCUCCCAGGGCCCCACAAGAAGGUCUUGUCCUGCAUGGAGAUGGUGCUUUCAUUUGCAAAGGAGGAGAUAGAGAAGCAUAAGGAGAAUCAGUCUCUGCAUGAUCCACAGGAUCUCACUGAUUUCUAUCUACUUCAGAUGGAGAAAGUAAGUAUCAGCUUUGAAGCUGAAUACUGCUCAUCCAAGGAAUCAUUACAUUCCCUGUUAUAAGUGAAUACUAAUCUCUUGCCUGGAAACCAGUAUCUAUUUUCCUGAAUCUCAGUUGAAAAUGGCAUUGAGUUCCCCCCAAAUAUUUCUCAUAGUCAAUUUAGUUGCUAAUGUGAGUUGACAUCCAUCCAUUAGCAUUGUUAAAAAUGUGAGUGGAAAGAAGUGGAAACCUAAGUGUGUUAAGGGGUCUUGCCUAUGGAGCAUUCCCUCUCUACAUAAAAUUCUUUGGAUUGAUGUUCAUCUGACAUUCAAAUGUGGACUGAGAAAACAGAAAAUCCUAAACAAAAUGCUCUUAAACUAGAGUAUGACUUCAAAUUCCUGUCUCAUCUAUCUUCAUAUACUAGAAAGGACAAAUGUAAAUUCAUCUACAAAGCAGAGGGCCGGCCCAUCCAUGAGGCAGGCUGUGAGAGCUGCCUUGGGCAGUGGAAUGCCAACAGGAGGCAUCUCUGGGGAUGUGCUGCCUAGCCAGCCGCUAGUGUAGAAGCAAAGGGGGCAGCUUCUGGCAAGAUUUCACCAAAAUCUUUCAAGAUCUCACCUAGCCCCCAGUUGCUGUUGCCACUUUGUGGGCACUGCUGUGCAACCCAGGUAAGCAGGAAGCAGCAACAGUACAGCGGUGGUGACAACAUCUUCUCAUUUCACCUCAGGCGGUGUAAGAGGACACCCCACCCCUCAUGAAGCAUGUGUGGGUGGUAUCGUAAUAAGUGUGUGUGGGGAAAAUAAAGUAAGCGCUGAAGGACAAAUUGUAAGGCAUGUAAAUGACAUGUCACUUUCCCCAUUUUCAACACCAGAGCAAGAAUGACCCAGAGUCCACCUAUGAUGAAGAAAACUUGGCCCAGUGCAUUUUUGACCUCUUUGCAGCAGGGACAGAGACAACCACUGGUUCUCUGAAAUGGGCACUUCUCCUCCUGGCAAGUCAUCCAGAUGUCCAAGGUGAGAGAGGAGAGCCAGGACUUCUCUUGAUCACUAGGGUGGAGCAUAGUUCUUUAAAGGUUUCAUAUUGAAAAGAGUUAAAAGUGAGUUUAUGAUGUAAGUUUUGGAAGCCAAAUGUUAUUGAAAUAAGCUAAAAGUUUUUGACUUACAUGUCUGGAAAGAUCAUUCCCCCCCCCUUCACUUUUAUGGAACCUAUAAUUGUAGGGUUGGACCCCAAGGGUCUCCUGCCUCUCCGUGCUCCACUACAUGAGGGACACGGGUGGCGCUGUGGUCUAAACCAGUGAUCCCCUUGUGCUUGCUGAUUACAAGGUUGGCAGUUCAAAUCUGUGUGACAGGAUGAGCUCCCGUUGCUCUGUCCCAGCUUCUGCCAACCUAGCAGUUUGAAAGCAUGCGAGUGCAAGUAGAUAAAUAGGUACUGCUGCGGCGGGAAGGUAAACACUGUUUCCAUGCACUCUGGCACUCAUCAUGGUGUCCAGUUGCACCAGAUGUUAUAUACACACACACACACACACACACACACACACACACACACCGCCCUCUCCAGCCAAGACCAGGCUCAGGGCGGCUAACAACCAAUAAUAAAAACAAGUUGAUUAAAAUACAAUUUGAAAGAUUAAGAUACAAAAUUAAAAAAAAUUAGGGAGCAAAAUCCUCCUUCAUAGGAGUAGAAAGGAAAAAGAAAGAGGGGGAGGGAAUCAAACUGAUUCUGAGCCAAAGGCCAGGUGGAACAACUCUGUCUUACAGGCCCUGCAGAAAGAAAUCCGAUCCUGCAGGGUCCUGGUCUCAUGAGACAGAGCGUUCCACCAGGCCGGAGCCAGUGUUGAGAAGUGUUGAGAAGCCCCUGGCUCUGGUUGAGGCUCAUCUAACUUCCUUAGGGCCCGGGACCUCCAGGGUGUUGCUAUAUAUGGACCUUAAGGUCCUCCAUGGGGCAUAUCAGGAGAGGCGGUCCUGUUGGUACAAGGGUCCUAGGCCAUGAAGGGCUUUAAAAGUCAAAACCAGCACCUUAAAUCUGACCCUGUACUCCACUGGGAGCCAAUGCAGCUGGAAAAGUAUAUAUAUAAUGCAGCUGGAAAAGCAUAUAUAACUCCCACCGGGCUCUGAAGGCUUGUGGAUAGUUUUCUGAAGCCUGGAGAGCGAGAGGGAUCGGUGCGCACCGACCCCUCUCGCUCUCCAGGCUUCAGCAAAAGCCUGCAUUCGCCCCAUAGGAUGUACACGCAUUUCCCCUUCAUUUUUGGAGGGGGGAAAGUGCGUCCUAUAGAGCAAAAAAUACGGUAAGUAGGAAAUAUUGAGAGCCAGGGAUGGAGAAUACACACACACACACACACACACACACACACACACACACACACUACAGACAGCCUUUGAUCCCAGCCCUUCAGCAAAUCCAGCCAACAGAAACAUCUGAGAUUAGCUUCACUUUCAAAAAUUUCACACCUGGGAACUAGAGUGGGGAAGAACCAUGGACACAGACUUGAGCUCUUUGGAGGAUCAGGUGAGCUAAAAAUGCAAGAAACUGGAACUCAUUCACAGAGAUUUAUGGAAUAUGGUCAAAGGAAUUAAAUGUCCAUGUGAAUUAAAAUGCAGUAUUCACAAUAAAUAUUCUGUUUCCAUCAUUCUCUUCAGAUAAAAUGCACAAGGAAAUAGAAGAUGUCAUAGGUUCUGCUCACUCAAUCUGCUAUCAAGACAAGAAGAAACUGCCCUACACCAAUGCUGUGAUUCAUGAAAUGCAGCGCUUUAAAUAUGUCCUUUUUUUUGGGUUACCUAGGCAAUGUACAAAGGAUUUGAAGCUGCAUGGUUUUCUCAUUCCCAAGGUAUAACAGUGUGAUACAGCUGCACACCUGUAGCCCAAGAGCAAAGAGCAGCAGAAGGUUGCAUAUUGAGAGAUGCUGCCAGGCAUACAGGAACUUCCUGUCUAGUCAAAAAUCUGAAGGGCAAGAGCAGGAGCUCCAUCUGCAGACAUGUUUCACCAUCAGCAAGUGCCAUUCCAUGGGGCAUUUGAGGCAGGGGAGGAGCCUGAAGUAUCCAGAGGUCUCAGCCUGGUUGUGAGCUUUCAUUUUAAAAGAGGUGGGGGAAAGUCCUCUUGUGUUCCUGCCUAUUCAGAAAGUAUUUUAAGGUGAAGAAUACAACCCCCCCAAUAUAUAUAUAUAUAAAAUCACACAUGUCUCUGCAAUGAUUAGUCUUGGAAUAGUGUGGGACAAUCCAGAAAUGUUUUGAUCUGAAUGCAUUCCAAAUCACUUGUUUCUUAUUUGCAGGGGACUGUUAUUGUUCCUGAUCUGCGUUCUGUUCUUCUUGAUCCCACACGAUGGGAGACACCUGAGGAGUUCAACCCAAAUCAUUUUUUGGACAAGGAUGGACAAUAUGUGGCUCGAGAAGAAUAUCUCUUAUUUGGUGCAGGUAAAUGCAGAAGACCAUGCUACGUUGUGGUCUGUAGAUGGGCUUACUGGUCUGCUUCCAGGAAAUGACAUCAGCAGCAGCACAUGAGGGAGUGGGCCGGAGCAGAGGCAGCGUCUUUCUGGCUGGAGUGGGAGCGUUGGUCAGUAGAAUGGGGCAGGGCAGUGGCAAGUUAAGGGGAUCUCUGGGUUGGUGGCUUGGGAUCCACACAUGCACAUACACUUAUGUGGCCUCCAUCUGGACCUCCCUACAUUUGCCACCCCUGCCCUGUCCCUGAAAUAGGCAGCACUGCCAGCACCAGGAUACUGCUGUUCCCCGUCUCAACUCACACUGCAAGCCACCCAACUUCUUUUCAGGCAGCAAGGCUAAGGCUGUCUUUUCAUGGGGUACUAUUUAGCCUGGUUUGAAAGCACACUCAGAACUGAUGAAACCAUGCCACUUCCUUACUUCUCCUACUCUGAAAUCAAAAGAAUAUUAUUCCUGCAGAAAUUCAGCAGACAUCAUCACUGCUAACUUACAAAUUCUCCAAAGGUCAGAUUCAUGUGCUUUUCCAUACAGCAUUCAGAAAUCUAGUUCCUACCAAUGUGAGAUAAGUCUGACAGGAAGAUUACUUUAUGCUCUUAACCCCUUUCUGCAUUGCAGAUUUGGACAGUUGACAAAAGUUUUCCUUUCAUUUUUUUAAGUCAAGUUUUAGUGAAAGUUUUAUACAUAAGACACAAUAAACAUCAUGACAAUCUAAAAAGGAAAAUAGAAAAAAAUGAGGAAAGGAAGAAAAGAAAGAAAAGAAGAAAAGCAAAUUACCUCUGUCAAAAUUAAAUAUUCACCCUUAUUCUACACACAGAAAAGUGAGCCCUCCCAGCUCCCACUUGGGACCUAGACCCUCUUCCCCCAGUUUCUAGCCCUUCAUUUUCAAUCCAUCCCCUUCCUCAGUGUAUCUUCCUUGAUAUGAGAUAGGGAACUUCAAAUUACAGAACAAAACAUAAGUAUAACAAGAAGAAGGAAAGGUUAGUACUGACCAGGCUGGGAAAUUGACAGGAGCCUUGAUGAUUUUGCUAUCCUAUCUAUGUCUAGUUUUCCAAAGUAUUAAGGAGAAUGUUUAUAAGUACAAAGCAAUGAACACGGGAAAGUAAAUUAUUGCUCACUUACUGCCUUCUUCUUGUCUCCUCCUCAGGGUCUCGCAUAUGUUUGGGAAUGCAGCUGGCAAAGAUCGAAAUAUUCAUCUUCCUCACCAGCCUGCUGAGGGCAUUCAGCUUCCAGCUACCAGAAGGAGUCAAAGAGCUCAAUCAAGAGGCUAUAAUAGGGACUACAGCACAUCCCCAGCCUUAUAAACUCUGUGCUGUUCCCCGCUGCAACACAUAA